AUGGCUGGUAUCGCAAAAUUAUUCAGUGGACAUAUUAUUAAUAGAUCAAAUAAAGAAGUUGAUCUUAAUGACGAAAAAUAUAAAGGGAAAAUAUUUGGUCUUUAUUUUAGUGCUCAUUGGUGUCCACCAUGUCGUGUUUUCACUCCAUUAUUAAGUGAAAUUUAUAAAGAAUAUCAUCGAGAAAAAAAUUUUAAAAUUAUUUUUAUAAGUUCUGAUAGUGAUGAAAAAUCGUUUAAUGAUUAUUAUAAAAAUAUGCCUUGGUUAGCAUUAGAUUUCAAAGAACGAAGAAAAAAAGAAACUUUAUCAAACAAAUUUCAUGUCAAUGAAAUUCCAAAAUUAAUUUUGAUUGAUGGAGAUUCAGGAAAAAUUAUUUGUACUAAUGCAAAAGAUCAAAUUCUACAUCUGGAUCCUGAAGGAAUCAAUUUUCCAUGGAAAUCAAACAAAUAG